AUGGAAGGAAAAUUCCGGCCACGGGUACAUGUCUUCGGGCCUUUCGAGCAGAUACUCAGAUACCUUGGUGUUGAUCUGACCGAUUCUAUAUUUAGUUGGGAAGAAAGCCGGAAGAGGGGUCGACGAUGUCGCGCCGCCCUUUCCACCAUUGUCUUCCUUUUCAUUCUCUUUGUAUUUUUUGCCAAAUUUGUUAUGAUUAUGUCGAUCGAUGCAAAGGCGUUCACAAUGGGAUGGGCAGAAUCGAACAUUGACGCGGGCAUCUUUUUGUUCGGGAUUGCUUCUACAGUAUGCCUAGCCAUUUGGACACAUUGCCAAUAUCCACGCGAGUUCCAGGAAAAACUUGAUGCCCUGGAAGAGGGACCAGUUCGAUCGGAAGAAAGCUUUGCAAAGACACAUGUGAAAGCAUUUAUCUUCAGCCUAAUCCUGCUCACCGUCUAUAUAUUACCAGCUGGGGAGGGGCAUAUUUUCCAGCGUGAUGUUAAUUCGACGCUACCGACGUAUCAGUACGAUUCGUCGAAUUUUUGGGGAGCCGAGCCUCUGAUUCGAGCUUUGAUUGGCUUCGUUUCAUGCGUUUCAAUCGCAAUUUACGUCAUUUCUACCCAUGCAAUGGGACGCAAGCUCAAAGCCUUCAAUAACGAUCUUAAAGAAGCCUCUGAAGCCGGGAAAUUAAAUGACCAAGACACCCUGAGCAACUACUCAAGCCGCCAACACGAAAUCCUGGAGCUUGUCCGGUACUCCCAUGGCCAUAUCGGGAAAUUGGCCACCUUUGGGCUUGUUGGGGCCGCUAUAAUCCAGGCAAAUGGAAUGUUUUUUAUUAUUGGCCAUAGAGCCGACAUUACUGGAGCGUUCUUUGGGCUGAUUUCCGGUUUUAUGAUUGUUUCUGGUGGUAUUCUUGGGUUGUCAAUAAUGGUGCCGGCGAAGCUUCAACAAAAGAUCUCGGAAGUCGAGAGCAUUUUGCUGUUCGAUCGAGUGCUGUGGGCGGAUACGAAGAGCGAGUCUUGCCAAUCAAUGGCAUUGGCCAUGGUGCGGCGGGCACAGUCGGAUAGUCUGAAAAUCACAAUUAUGCAUGCAUACCUGUUGGAUCAACGUCUGCCGCAUAAGUUGUUGAUGAUCAUCCCGUUGAUGGGCAACAUUUUCGUCGGGCUCGAGCGUUUGUUCCCACCAAAGAACGACAGC